AUGGCCGCCCACGUGGUACUGUGGGAGCUGGCGGCACCUGGCACGGAGCAGCCCUGGGCGGGAGCCGCGCGGCGGGCCCGACGGGGCGCGGGUGGCACCACGAGUCCGCAGUUCCCGCUUCCUAGCUACCAGGUAUCGGUUCCCGAAAACGAAGCGGCGGGCACGGCGGUCAUCGAGCUGCGCGCGCACGACCCCGACGAGGGCGAGGCCGGGCGGCUGAGCUAUCAGAUGGAAGCGCUGUUCGACGAGCGCUCCAACGGCUACUUCCUCAUCGACGCCGCCUCGGGCGCGGUGAGCACGGCCCGCGCUCUGGACCGCGAGACCAAGGACACGCACGUGCUCAAGGUGAGCGCCGUGGACCACGGCUCGCCGCGGCGCUCAGCCGCCACCUACCUCACCGUCACGGUCAGCGACACCAACGACCACAGCCCUGCCUUUGAGCAGUCCGAGUACCGCGAGCGCGUGCGGGAGAACCUCGAGGUGGGCUACGAGGUGCUGACCAUCCGGGCCACCGACGGCGAUGCGCCCUCCAACGCCAACAUGCGCUACCGCCUGCUGGAGGGCGCGGCCGGUGUCUUCGACAUCGACCCCCGCUCGGGCGUGGUGCGCACGCGGGCGCCCGUGGACCGGGAGCGGGCGGCAGAGUACCAGCUGCUGGUGGAGGCCAAUGACCAGGGCCGCAACCCGGGCCCGCUCAGCGCCACAGCCACCGUGCACAUCACCGUGGAGGACGAAAACGACAACUACCCGCAGUUCAGUGAGAAGCGCUACGUGGUCCAGGUGCCUGAGGACGUGGCGGUCAACACGGCGGUGCUGCGCGUGCAGGCCACGGACCAGGACCAGGGCCAGAACGCCGCCAUCCACUACAGCAUCGUCAGCGGCAAUCUGAAGGGACAGUUCUACCUGCAUUCCCUGAGCGGGAGCCUGGAUGUGAUCAACCCUCUGGACUUCGAGGCCAUCCGCGAGUACGCCCUGCGCAUCAAGGCCCAGGAUGGGGGCCGGCCUCCGCUCAUCAACUCCUCAGGGCUGGUGGCCGUGCAGGUGCUGGAUGUCAAUGACAACGCGCCCAUCUUCGUGAGCAGCCCGUUCCAGGCUGCUGUGCUGGAGAACGUGCCGCUGGGCCACUCGGUGCUGCACAUCCAGGCUGUGGACGCCGACUCGGGUGAGAAUGCCCGUCUGCGCUACCGCCUGGUGGACACGGCCAGUGCGGGGAGCAGCGGUGGUGCGGGGCCUGAAGACCCUGCCCCGGGCCACAGCUUCCCCUUCCAGAUCCACAACAGCACGGGAUGGAUCACGGUGUGUGCCGAGCUGGACCGCGAGGAGGUGGAGUACUACAGCUUCGGGGUGGAGGCCGUGGACCACGGCUCGCCGCUCAUGAGCUCCUCGGCCAGCGUGUCCAUCACCGUGCUGGACGUCAACGACAACGACCCGGUGUUCACGCAGCCCAUGUAUGAGUUGCGUCUGAACGAGGACGCGGCAGUGGGCAGCAGUGUGUUGACCCUGCAGGCCCGCGACCGGGACGCCCACAGCGUGAUCACCUACCAGCUCACGGGCGGCAACACCCGGAACCGCUUCGCCUUGAGCAGCCAGAGCGGCGGUGGCCUCAUCACCCUGGCCCUGCCGCUGGACUACAAGCAGGAGCGGCAGUACGUGCUGGCGGUGACGGCGUCCGACGGCACCCGCUCACACAUGGCACAGGUCUUCAUCAACGUCACUGACGCCAACACCCACCGCCCUGUCUUCCAGAGCUCUCACUACACGGUCAGUGUCAGUGAGGACCGGCCCGUGGGCACCUCCAUCGCCACCAUCAGUGCCACGGACGAGGACACAGGGGAGAAUGCACGCAUCACCUACGUGCUGGCGGAUCCGGUACCACAGUUCCGCAUCCACCCCGACACCGGCACCAUCUACACCAUGACGGAGCUAGACUAUGAGGACCAGGCCGCCUACACGCUGGCCAUCACUGCUCAGGACAACGGCAUCCCUCAGAAGUCCGACACCACCUCCCUGGAGAUCCUUAUCCUUGACGCCAACGACAACGCGCCUCACUUCCUGCGUGACUUCUACCAGGGCUCUGUGUUCGAGGACGCACCGCCGUCAACCAGUGUGCUCCAGGUCUCUGCCACCGAUCGGGACUCAGGCCCCAAUGGCCGUCUGCUGUACACCUUCCAGGGUGGGGACGACGGUGACGGGGACUUCUACAUUGAGCCCACGUCUGGCGUGAUCCGCACCCAGCGCCGGCUGGACCGGGAGAACGUGGCCGUGUACAGCCUCCGGGCUCUGGCUGUGGACCGGGGCAGCCCAGCAGCCCUGAGCGCCUCAGUGGAGAUCCAGGUGGCCAUCCUGGACAUCAAUGACAACCCCCCGGUGUUUGAGAGGGACGAGUUAGAACUCUUUGUGGAGGAAAACAGCCCGGUGGGGUCGGUGGUGGCGCGGAUCCGCGCUGAGGACCCCGACGAAGGCCCCAACGCCCAGAUCAUGUAUCAGAUCGUGGAGGGCAACGUGCCUGAGGUCUUCCAGCUGGACCUGCUCAGUGGGGACCUGCGUGCCCUGGUCGAGCUGGACUUCGAGGCGCGGCGGGAGUACGUGCUGGUGGUGCAGGCCACGUCGGCCCCGCUGGUGAGCCGGGCCACCGUGCACGUGCGCCUGCUGGACCAGAACGACAACCCCCCGGUGCUGCCCGACUUCCAGGUCCUCUUCAACAACUACGUCACCAACAAGUCCAACAGCUUCCCCAGCGGCGUCAUCGGCCGCAUCCCGGCCCAUGACCCCGACCUCUCGGACAGCCUCAACUACACCUUCCUGCAGGGCAACGAGCUGCGGCUGCUGCUGCUCGACCCGGCCACCGGCGAGCUGCAGCUCAGCCGCGACCUGGACAACAACCGGCCGCUGGAGGCGCUCAUGGAGGUCGCCGUGUCGGGUGAGUGGCCAGGGCGGGCGGGCCGUGGGGACCGCAGGGGCCGUGCCUGGCGUGCCGGGACGCGUCCCGACAGGGCCCGGCAGCUCUCUGGGGACUUGUUCCACGCGGUGCCCGGAGCCGGGGCGCCCCCCACCUGGGGCUUGGCGACUGGGAGGGGCCCGUGCUGCUUCCUCAGCAUUUUGGGGGGAGCAGGCCUGGGCUUUUCCAAGUUCCCUGGCUCGUGUCUCCGCGGGCCGCCGGCUCCUGUGGCCUGCUAUUAA